AAUAACUAUUAUCCCGCACAGCUCAUUGCGGAAUCAUUGUUAGUUUACCGUAUUACGUCACUGUAAUGCCUUUCUUCGCUUUGAAUGGCUUUCCUAAUGCAACUUUCAGCAUCUAAGUUGGACAGUUUGGAGUUUCCCAUAGUGCACCGUGCCAUGCUGUUUCCAUAGAGACUGCAGUUGAUACAAGCCAGUGGUACCUGAAGCAAGCUAAUGGUAUCUACUAGUGUCUUCUCGCCUUUGAAGUAGUCGUUGCUCGCUGACAUUCAACACAGCAUCAACAUCUGACCUUGUUGCUCGGAACGUCCUAUCUUGGCUGUCUGUUAUAGUUCGUGUUAAAAGUUAGAAAGGGAGAAAAUAAACUGGGAGAAAAUAACUAGCUAGGUGGCUAGGAUAGCUGCAUAUAUUUAGAGCUAAAUAACGUAACCUAUCGGUUGGUUGCAAAGAAAUGAGCUAACAUGAGUGAGAUAAAUUAUAGUAGUUGCAGUCUGGAUCCUGAUAUUUGCUUGCCAGAUUAGUCGAGUCGAGAAUUGUACUUACUAGAUGCAUGGAGAAAGCAAAUGUUUGAAAGCCUAUUGACUCCUUAGCAUCAGGCAGAGGCAAUGUCUCAGUUCUCGGUGGAGGACGAGGCGGAGCUGCAGUCUCUCCUCAGGCAGCUGUUGAAGACCACCAAGGACCGCAUCUCUGGAGCCCCGUCUGUCGAGUGCGCUGAGGAGAUCCUGCUGCACCUGGAGGAGACUGACAAGAACUUCCACAACUACGAGUUUGUGAAGUACCUGCGUCAGUAUGUGGAGAGCAGCCUGGGCGCCGUGAUUGAUGAGGAGACCGAGAACUGUGCCAGGGGAGAUGGGCAUGCCAUCGGCACGGGCCAGGACACGUUAGUGCACGCUGUGACGAGGAAGACCAGAGAGUCUGUGGAAUACAAACAGAUGAUGCAGACCCUGAAGAACACCAUGAUGGUGGUGGUGGAGUCGCUCAUCAACAAGUUUGAGGAGGACCAGCUGAAGAAAGAGGAGAUGCACAGGAAGAGCCAGCGCGAGCAGUCCAGCAGCCAUUACACAGACAACUGCUCCGACAGCGACUCCUCCUUCAACCAGAGCUACGCCUUCAUAAAGCACGAGCAGCUGCAAGUGAUUGCUGACAAGCUCGAUCCGAGUAGGCCAAAGGAGGUGCGCUGGGAGGCCCUGCAGUGUCUGUGCUGUGCUCCCCCCUCUGACGUGCUGAGCUGUGAGAGCUGGAGUGGCCUACGCAGGAACCUGUCUGCAGCCCUCGCCGACCCUGACCCUGAUCUGAGCGAUAAGGUCUUGCGAUUCUUCGCCAAAACAUUCUCCUCCUCCCCGCUCAACGUCACCAGGGAAAUUUACACCAGCCUAGCUAAAAGUUUGGAGAAUGACUUUCUCUACCACAAAGUGAGCUUUCCUGCGGCCUUGGAGGCCAUGGAUGCCAACCGGCAGGAUGUGGCACGCCUCCUCAAACAGAUGCGCUUAAUGAACGAAUUUCAAAAGGAAGUUACCUCAUUCUGGAUACGCCACCCAGAGAAGUAUAUGGAGGAGAUUAUUGAGAGCACGCUGUCUCUGCUGUCUCUGUGCUCAGAGCCUGGCCUGGGCCCCCACGGCUACGAGAGAGCCCUGGCGCCCCUCCACCUCCUCGCCCUGCUUGACACCAAGGCCACCUGGUUCAAGAAGUGGAUGCAUGGCUACUACAGCCGAACUGUGGUCCUCCGGCUCCUGGAGAGGAAGUACAAGUCAGUGAUCGUGGCCGCCGUGCAGCAGUGCAUUCACUACUCCGAGAGCUCCGACCCAGCUGGGGACGAGACCACGGACCUCACCUACGCCAUGGAGCAUCAGCAGAUCAGCCCUGUUCAGAGGAUGCUCUACACAGGAAGGGAGCUGGAGUAUUUGUACUUUGUGCAUUCGCUGUGUGUGCUCGGUCGGCUCCUCAUGUACACUCACGGUAGAAAUCUCUUCCCAAUCCGUGUCAAGAACCGAAAAGAUCCUGUCACGCUGACUGACCUGGUGGUGACAUUCAUCAAAAUAAUGUACCAACACCCUAAACGGGCCUUUGAUGAUGCCACUCUCACAGACUCUCUCUCACCCACGGCUCUGGUGAUGGAGGUUCUGCGACCGCUGUGUGAGCGCGUGGAGUGUGCGGUGGACUGCCUCUACCAGACCCCCGUGCUGGAGGUCCUCCUGGUCCCUGUCAUCACCCUGCUGAAGGGGAGACAGGCCAAACUGAAGUCGCUGGAGAGCACACUGACGCACGUGGCCGACACGCUGGCCCGCAUUGCCACCACAGAGAGGGGGCUAUCUCUCUUCCUCUACGACAGGAACCUGCUCUCCGCUGAUGGGGAGAGUGUCUCUGCAGCCCAUGUCAUCGUGCCGUUCACCCAGAGGCUGCUGGCUAGAGACCUGCCUGCGCUGGCCAGCCUUGAUUCCCACAUGGCCGUGUGUGGGGCCUUCAUCUUCGUGUGCCGGCAGAUGUACAACACCUGCGAGGGCCUGCAGGCGCUCAGGCCUUACAGCCUGCACGAGAGCAUCGCUGCCACCUGGAGGAAGAUGAGUACACAGUCGGAGCGAGUCCCCACCCCUGUGCCUGGAUCCCCCAACCCAGCCUCCUCUCAGGAACCCCCAAACACGCUGGCGUGGGAGGAGACGCUGCUGGACAACCUGCUGAACUUCGCCGCCACGCCGCGGGGCCUGUUGCUGCUCCAGCAGACGGGCGCCAUCAACGAGUGCGUCACCUACAUGUUCUCACGCUUCACCAAGAAACUUCAGGUGAGCCGAUGUGAGAAGUUUGGCUAUGGCGUGAUGGUGACUCAGGUGGCGGCCACAGCCCCCGGUAUGGUUGCUCUCCACAGCUCCGGCUUUGUCCAGGCCAUUGUGGUGGAGCUGUGGUCCAUGUUAGAGUGUGGCCGAGAGGAUGUCCGGGUGGUCCACCCUAAAUCCACGCCCAUGGACCCCAUUGACAGGAGCUGCUUGAAGUCGUUCCUGACUCUGGUGAACCUGCUCUCCUCCCCACACGCCACAUGGGAGCUGCUGGGAGGCCAAGCGUUGCCCAACAAGAGCAGCUACAACCUCAGGGAGAUGCCCACUUCUAUCAUCGAUUUGAUUGACAGGCUCAUUGCUGUUAACUCGGAGGCCAAGAUCCACUCGCUUUUCAGCUAUGAGCAGUCACACACAUUUGGCCUGAGGCUGCUAAGUGUGAUGUGUUGUAGCCUGGACACACUGCUGCUGCUGGAGGCUCAGUACCGGCUGAGUGACAUGCUGCUGCAGGGCCAGAGGGACAACGUGACAGACCCCACUACUGGGGAAGGGGAGUUCAUCAUCGACGGGCUGUCUGUGGAGCGGAACCACGCCCUGGUGAGGAUGAGUGUGAUCGGGGGUCCUUCAGAACGGAGAUUACCACCCCGGGCCCUUCUGAAGGGGAAUGAUCCGUACCCUUGGCCCAUGUUUUGCUCCUACCCCGUGCCCAGGCAUUACAUCCUCGACGGACCAAAGACCUCCAGAGGCAGGCAGGAAUCUGAGCUUAGUGCCUUCCUGGCCUCCUCGAAGGAUGCCCAGCUUGAUGACAGCUGGAUGGACAGCUGCAGGAGACUGUACUGCAAAGUCAUGACCACCAAGGCCAGCAUCAUCACUGGAAACGUUCUGUGUGACCUGCUGGAGAAAGCUGUGCUGCAUCUCUCCUCCUCGCCUGCUGAAUGCUUCUUCCCCGCUGCGGAGCCGAGCGGGCUGGAGGGCAGUGGUGACGUGAGCUGUGACCUGUCUCCUGUGGAACAGCUGGGGAUGAGAACCACCCUCAGGUAUGGAAAGUUUCUGAAGCUCCUGAAGGAUGACGCCGAGGUGGAUAUCGCCCUCCUUCUCCGCCGCUGUAAGGACUUCUUGUCCCAGCAGCGUGUGAAAACCGACUCUGAAACUCUAUACUCUCUGCAGGGGUGCUCUCUGCCACCUCACGACUGGCUCUGCUCCAGUGUGUUCCUGAUGGCGGCGGGUGACGGCUCCCUGGCGCUGGCCCUCCUGCUGCGCCUCUCCCGUCUGCUCGUGUCCGCCUUCCUCUGGCCGCGGAGACUGCAUGCCUCCGUGCACCUCCCGGUAGAGCUGGCGCAGUCAGGCAUCCCUGCUGUGUACUGGUGCACGGCACACUACGUGGAGCUACUGCUGAAGGCCGAGGUGCCGCUGGUCGGUUCCGCAUUCCGCAUGUCUGGAUUCACCCCCUCACAGAUGUGUGUGCAGUGGUUGGGUCAGUGCUUUUGGAACUACCUGGACUGGCCUGAGAUCUGUCACUACGUGUGCACCUGUGUCGUUCUGGGGCCAGACUACCAGGUGUACAUGUGUAUUGCCGUCCUCAAACACCUGCAGCCAGACAUCCUGCUCCACGCACAGACACAGGACCUGCAAGUCUUUCUCAAGGAGGAGCCCAUAUCAGGCUUCAAGGUGUGUAACUACCUGGAGUUCAUGGAGGGACUGGAGCGCCGCUACAGAGCCAUGGUCCUCGCGGACAUGAAGAGUAUCCUGCAUGCUUCUGGAUGAUGGGAAAUCUUCUGGAACCCUUUGGAGACGAACGACUAAUCAACUCUGGAUGCAAAACCUGCAUUCUGAACCUUUCGGAGUUUUCAGAAAUGUCUGUGUACUGAACACACUUUGAACAUCCUAAUUUGGAACCUCUUGUUUCGA